CAAAUAUCAUUCUAGAGUGCGUCUCAGUUCUGCGCGACAAUGAAGUAUCACUUCAUUGUUCGUUGUCGCAAUGGUUCAUCUCACGGAUUCUCUCGGCGCCUCUCCGCAUCCCGCACUGUGUUCCGGGGGCUUUCCCCACCACACGAACGCCAUUGAGACUAGCUCCUUAAUUCUAUACGAGAAUGAACUCGGUCCGAAUCUUGGCUCAAGCCGAGCCGCAUCGUCCUCGACGGAAAUGACGCGAGAGCUUGCAUGGCCUCUCCAUGGAUCUCGCCGGCUAAUCUCAGAGGUCUUAUAUGUCCAGCCGAGAACCUUAUUCACGCGUCCUCAGCUGUGUGUUCUCACUGGUGUCCUCGAACUGAGAGCUACGGUCGGACAAUUACGGACGUUUCAGACAAACUUCAAUUGCGUUCUUGCGUCGAGAUGCCAUCCGCAAGUACCUUCUUCGCUGUGAGCGCAGCUGUUGGCUGUGCCUUUGCGCAGCAAGUACCUGCAGCUGCCCAGAUUGUCGACCAGAAGACCUUCAACGUAUUGGAUAAUGUCCCACCGCCCGCCAUCGCGAACGACUCUACCUUAUUUGUCUGGCCGGGCGUUACGGAAGAGUCUCUUCUUGCAAAGCCUUUCCACAUCUAUGAUGAGGAAUUCUACGACGUAAUCGGAUCCAACCCAUCCUUAACCCAGAUUGCAUCUUCUGAGUCUGACCCUAUCUUCCAUGAGGCCGUCACAUGGCAUCCAGCUCGUGAUGAGGUCUUCUUUGUGCAGAACGCUGGAGCCCGUGCUGCGGGUACUGGUCUGAACAAGUCUUCCAUCAUUCAAAAGAUAUCUCUCGCCGACGCUGAGAAGGUUCGCAACGGUACCCUCAGCGCUGCACCAGUGACCAUCGUCAACACCACCAACCCUCAAGUGAUCAACCCGAAUGGUGGCACUAAUUAUAAGGGCAACAUAAUCUUUGCUGGUGAAGGCCAGGGCGCCAACGUCCCCUCGGCACUGUAUCUCAUGAACCCGGAGGCACCAUACAACACCACCACCCUCAUAAACAACUACUUCGGUCGUCAGUUCAACUCGUUGAACGAUCUAGUCGUUAGCCCCAAGAACGGCGAUCUUUACUUCACCGAUACCCUCUACGGCUUCCUUCAGGACUUCCGACCUCCUCCCGGUCUUCGUAAUCAGGUGUAUCGAUACAACUUCAAGACAGGUGCCAUCACGGUUGUUGCCGACGACUUCACCCUUCCCAACGGCAUCACCAUUUCUCCCGAUGGCACCAAAGCCUACGUGACUGACACCGGUAUUGCACUUGGCUUCUACGGUCGCAAUCUUACCUCGCCGGCGUCCGUAUACUCCUUUGAUGUCGCCAAAGACGGCACCUGGGAGAACCGCAAAACGUUCGCUUAUGUCCCUUCGUCCAUCCCAGACGGCGUUCACACUGAUUCCAAGGGUCGUGUCUACGCUGGUGCGGGCGAUGGUGUAUGGGUGUACAACAAAUCCGGCAAGCUGAUUGGCAAGAUAUACACUGGUACCACUGCCGCGAACUUCCAGUUUGCUGGUAAGGGGCGCAUGGUCGUCACAGGGCAGACCAAGCUAUUUUAUGUCACGCUCGCUGCUUCUGGUGCCCCCAUCCAGUAAUCAAGAGUAUUAUCUCGAUUUGUGCCCACAGCAUACGUGUAAAUAUGUACAGAUAAAUACAAUAAUGUAAUCCACAAUUAUCAGGUCGCUCCACAAUGACCUGCAACGUAC